UGACCACUAGAAUCCUUGCAAACGGCGGAGACACACAGCCCAGCACCCGCCCUCCCCCAGUUCUCACGGUGGGGGGGGCACAAGGGUGCAAGGGGAUAUUUUCGGAGCCGCUGAGGAAGUGCCUCCAGAUGCUGAUUUCCUGAGUGUAGGCUGAAGCUAGCAGGUGACUCAAGGAGCCAUGAAAGGCAUCCAUCUGGUCCUGCUGGCCGUGCUGCUGUGCUCCCAGCAAGCCCUGAGCCUGCAGUGCUACAACUGCACUGAAGAAGAGGACGUCAGCAAGUGCCAGACCACCAUCUCAUGUGACUCCACACCGAGCAUCUGCUAUAAGGGUGGCAGGACCUUGACCAAGACCAGUGGGCAGGUGGUCAAGUUACAUUCUAAGGGUUGUGGCUCUUCCUGCGAUGACGUUUAUGACAUGAUGGAGCAGCUGGUGGAGAAGAUGGUUUCAGAGGACAGGUCUAAGUUAGAACUGUGGGCUCCGGACUGCUGUGGAAAGGACCUCUGCAACAGGGUGGCCCAGGUGGGGCGCAGCCUCUGGAUCCUGGCCGGGGGGCUCCUGCUCAGCCUGCGGCCUGCCCUCCUCUGGGCCCUGCUGUGAGGACCCUUGGAACCCAGACACCAAGGAGGAUCGCAGUUGCUGGUGGCCUGCACAACAGCUCCCACCUCAAGCUCGCUCACAUGCACACAUAUGUGUACACUCACACACCUCACACACGUGCACAUGCACACGUGUACACACAUGCACAUGCGGGCACACGUGUGCACAUACUUUCACGCACAUGCGCUCACACACAUGCACACAUUGCUCAGACCCGUGAGUUCUCACAAACAGGCUAUGCUUGGACUCCACCUCCUGCUACACCUGGGACCCAGAGGCCCAGGGAAGGAGGUGGGCAGCAUCCACCCUCGGGUGACCCACGGCCACUCCUGCCCUCCCACCUGGCCAGCCCCAGCCUCAGGUGCCCAGUGCCCUGCUAUGCCAACAGGCCUGUCACACUUUGCAAACACCAUCAAUCAACCACAGACUCAAGAUGCAGAGACUGCCGAGCCCCGCUGGACAGGGGCUGCUAGGAAGCGGAGCCACAGCCCCUCCAGCGGGUCCUCUGCAGAGCGCCCACGGCAGUCAGUAGACAAUAAAUGCUCUUCAGCCCCCCUCCUGUUCUUCACAUGCCAUUCGGCCCCACGGUGGGGAGGUCGGGGGGAGUUCUGUGGGGGUCUCUGACACCUGCUGCAGCCCGGUGCUCCCUCGGCCAUGAUCUCUGAUGGCCAGAGGGCUAGGGGCAGGGGCAGAAUCUGGAGGGGCCAGCUUUGCACACCAGGGGGUGGCCCCACGGCCCCCCAUAAAGCAUUUGCUCGGAUGCACACUCCCCGCUCUCUGAACCUCUGCCAGGAGCCACACCAGGACCCUCCUUUGGGGAACAUCUGUCCAGGGCCCACUGGGGGCUGCACUGCCAGGACACCCUCUGCAGAGGCAGUGGUGGUAGUAGCGGAGGGGGACUGGCCUGCUUCCUUCCUCCAUCGUCUUUCACACGUUUUUCCCCGCUGGGCGCCUGCACCCAGGGUGACCCCAUAGCUCGGGGCUGCCCCAGGCCACAGGACGCUGCUAUCAGCAUCCAUCCAAACACGGCCACAUCCUGGCCUGAGCGUGUCUUGCCCAGGCGUGGUACCCAUCACAGCCAUUAGUGGGCCUUGGUAAGUGCAGCCCAGGCCUUGUUCUUGUUCUUGUUCUUGUUCUUGGUAUUGGUCUUGUCUUGACCUGGCUCAUCUCACCAUGGAUUUGGUCUGGCCUUGCUUCUAGUCUUAGGCUGACCCUUCCUUUGAUCUCUAACCCUGCUCUACUCAUGCUGGUUUAUUGCGUACCUAGAGCUAUCUUAAAUCUAGGGGUAUCUAAGCCUCUGAAUGGUGAUCCCACACACUCACGGGCUCCAUCAAGGACAAUGGCUAGAGUGAGCCACUAGUGUGGUCUCAGCUCGGAAUGGGGACUCUGGAGGAUGCUGAGCUCAAGGCUGGGGCUGCCGAGUGUGGGGGCCACUGGAACAUCCAGGCAGAGCAGCCCACAGGCAGUGGGGGCGGGUUCCAGCCUCUAUCCCCUGGAUGCCAGCAGGUCUCCUCCCUCCCUGAGUCAUGACAACCAAAAAUGUCCCAGACAUUGCCAAAUGCCCCCUGGUUGAGGAGAAUUGCCCCUGACUGGCGAAAACUGGCUUCAGGAUUCCUGUCCCCUAAGGGUAGCAAAGAGAAAAUGCCCCUUGGUCCAUGGAGGGCAGGUGGGGGAGGGGCAGGGUGCGUUUCUGAGGAAGGGGGGCUCUUUCCCCAGCACUGGAGGGAUGCCUAAGAGGGGCGAAGGGAAGCUCUUCACACAGAGGGGAGGGAGCCCGCCCCCAGCCGCCUUCUCCUGACCCCCUGGAGGGGGAUAGGGAGCAGCGGCCAAAGCCACAGUGGGAGUGGGUCCCACCUUCAUGGGGCUGGGCUGGGGGGCCCGCCUGCGCCUGACCUCCAGGUACCUCAGGCCGGGGCUACGGAAUCUGUCUCUUGUGGCCUGGAGCAAGGCAUGCAGAGGCCAGCUGAAGCCUGCGGGCGGCACUGCUGUUCACGGAGCUGGCUGAGGGAGGGUUUCUGGGCUUUACCAAGAACUGUAUGGAGUCCUGUGACGAUGCAGAGAAGGGGGUGUCCCAAAACUUCAAAGUCCAAACGACGCUUUAGAUUUUCACAGAAACAUUCCAACAGGGACGGUCCGGCCUCAAGUCCGCAGGCGAGGCUCCUGGCAGGGCAGGCAGUGCUGGGGCCUUCGGGGGUGUCUUCACUUCUAGGGGCUCCUCUGACCCAGCACUGCCACGUCCAUGUGCCCCGGCUGCCGUGGGAAAACCUCAGCAGGGCCAUCAAAGGAGGCCAUUGCCUCACAGCCCCCCUUCCCAUGCCUGCUGGGAGCCACACCAGGACCUUCCAUCGGGGGCAUCUGUCCAGGGCCCGUGUGGGGGCUGCGCUGCCAGGACACCCUCAGCAGAGGUGGUGGUGGCGGCAGGGGAGGGGACCUGGCUUCUUCCUUCCCUUCAUCAUCUUUCACGCUUUCUUCCCCUCUGAGCACCUGUCCCCCAGGGUGACCCUGAAGCUCAGAGGCUCCCUGACCCCACAGGACCCUGUUCCUCCCGGUGGGACUGUGGUGAUCAGAGCUUCGUCUCCUCCCCAGGUCCCCCAGGCACAUCUUCCAGAGAGAAGCCCCUGCCACCCUCAUUACAGCUGCCCUUGCCCGGGAACUCUGAGUGUGGCUCUGGGAACCCCACAGGGAUCGCCAUGGUGGGGUCAACAGGGCCUUGGAGACCAACGCUGGCCCUCCCCUUCACAGAUGCCGUGCUCGGGAUGCUGUCUAGGAGCAGAACAGAGCAGAACAGAAGACACUGCCAAAGUCUGGACCUGUGAGUCACCUCUCUUCAGACCAAGGAGCACAUGUCACCGCCCACCAUGUCCACCAAUGGGCAGAGAUCUCCCCUCAGAGUACUGGUCUGGUUGAGGACUGGAAGGAGCCAUUAUAACAGGGCUGUCCGCAGCCCCCACAGGCCUGCACACCAGGGCAAAGGAAAUGUCAACCACGCCCUCCAUAAACAUGGGGACUCUGAUCCUCACAUGGAGCAGGUGACCCACAUCGUGUCCUCUCCCAGAAACACAAUUCAGAUAAAAAUAGAAAACGGGGCAAAGGGGAGAGCCCGCUCUUUACAGAAACCCACAAGUCUCGUGUUCCUGUGUCUGUGCCUGACUCACGGCUAAUGGGUUGGCCUGAAGGCUGGGGAGCUCUCUGUGUCUUUCUGUGUGUGUGUGUACGAGCGCACUGUGCGUGGUGUCUCCCGAUCUCUGGAUGGUGUUAUCAAAUCCAUUGGUGAAAUUCCUGAAAGCUGACUUCUCUGCUCUGGUCGGCUUAGAUGUAAAUAAGUGCUUAUAUCCGUGAGAUCGUCCCGAAACUCUCACAAAUAUCAAAGCCCAACCACAUGCUGUUGAAGUUCACAUGAUUUGGGUAAAUCUUGGGUAAGUAAGAGUAGCUUCAUAUUGUUGGUUUAGUGAAAAAGGCUGUGUCCUCUGAGUUACUAGCAUUGCAUAUAAAUAACAUAAGCAUACAUUUUUACUCUUUUUGGGUUUACCAGUAUGCACUAGACUACACAGAGAGAGACAAUACAGCUGUGGAUGUAAGACUAUAAAGAUUAUACAUUCACGCUAGGAAUAAAAAUAGGAGUAACGAGGAAUGUGAUACACAACGAGACAUGGAUUGCUUGAUACCUGUUACUUCAUGCCCCUCCAAUGCGGCAGUAAAACAAAAAAAAUUGUGGAUUUAACAUUUUUUAGUUGUUUUUUGUGGGUAUUUUUGCUUUUGUGAUUUUUUUUUUUUGGGGGGUACUUGCCUAACAAGCACACACUGUAAAAAUAGUUAACAAGGAAAUAACCUGAGACGAUGGCUAGCUUAGUUUCAUAUUUUAUGACAUUCGCAUGAAUAAUCCAAGCAUAAUUGUUAAGACCGCAUGUAUUAAGUUGACACAAGUACAAUAAAACUUCUGUCAAUGGAGUUUUCAAGAAUAACUAGGCUUUUAGCACGUCUGGUUAACAAGAGUUUCCAAAAUCUUCUUGGCAAUUUGCGACCUUAGACUUAAGCUAAGAAUAGAUAUUCCUUAAAUAUCCAGACCAUUUCUAAGUAAGAAACUGCUGAGAUAUCAAUUACUAAGCAUAAAUUUACGUUUACAGGCUUCAGCUUCCUAUUUUUAAACAGUAUGGAGAGGCUGUGUUUUAUUCUGUUAACAAACAUGGUCUUUUUGCUUCAAUCAAAAAUCGUACCACGAGGAAGUGUAGAGCUAUAAAAGCUGUGAGAUGGCUCAGUCAUAAACUUUGCCAGUCCGCCACAGGACACUGGUGCAUGACAGACAAUUCACAAAUGUCUGCUCCCUAGUCUUCCCUGUAAAAUAAAAGUUACUAGGGUUAAAAAUUAUGAUCAAUAUACGUAAACGAAACUACUAGAAAUGAUAAGGGUGAAAGGAAACAAUUUUGUCCGCAAAGAAAGUAGGCUGUGUUUGUAGAAGGUAAAAAGUCACUUUGUCCUGAAGUACAGGGCCUGGCUGUUUCCCCACAAGGAGGAAAAGGCAGGGCAAAACCUGGAUGAUGUGGGAAGUUGCAGGUUUGUAGAGAAGGAAUCUCACGUUGCGUGGUCAAAGCUGGCUAAGGCUACAUGUGUCUAUUUAUAUGAUUUUUUAAACGUAAAUUUUAGUAUCAAUACCACACUAAUGCAAAACUAGAAUUUGGUUUCCUCUCUCUUAAAAUGACAAACUCUUCUUGGGUUAUUGGUCUGAUCUUAAUAAGAGACUGUAUAACGAUCUUCUUUACCUUUUGAGUAAUCUGUAGUCUGCCUAGAAAACAAAGAUUGUGUGUUUCAUCGGAGUGAUUUUCUGUGCCGUAUGCUGACUCUAUCAUGUUCUUGAUGAUGCAAGACAACAAAGCUUUCUCAUCUUGAAAAGAGCUGCGCUUUUUUUUUUACACAUAGUCAUGUUGCCUCCUAUCUAGUUCUAAAGUCUUUUAUUGUCACUUUGGUUAAAAAGCAAGCAAGCAUCGCCUAACAGUGAACUGUGACGCUAUUGAGUGAAGUGUUCAAACCUUUUGACGUUUCUGAUAACUGUGCCUUCCCAAGUGCAUGCUAAGUGAAAUCUGCUGAUCUCACACAGACAUUGAGAUUUCCAUGGGGCCCCUGGAGAAUCACAAAGUGUCUGUCCUUUUGCCUUGCACAAAGAGAGACAUCAAAAACUAUUAGAUUUAUUUGGUGUGGUGAGUUGCAUGGGAAGCGUUGUCAAAUAAGACAAGGUGUUUAACCUUCUCUAUGUUAUAUCUGUGUGAACAAAGUGUAGCUAAUACAAACAAUUAAGAAAUUGCA